AGGACGGCUAUUGUCUUAUUUAAAUUCUGCAAGAAGAUUUAAAUACAAAAAUAUGGCAUCAACAAUCGGUGAAAAGCAGCUAAGCUCAGGAUACCGGCUAUCGCACCCGCCUGCUGGUGAGGAAGUCUGCAUCACCGGCAUAUCCGGAUGCUUCCCGGACUCUGAUUCCGUCAUGCAUCUACAGGAGAACUUAUUCAAUAAGGUGGAUCUGAUUACUGAUGACAACCGUCGAUGGGAACACGAUCACCCCGAAAUCCCUCAACGUACUGGGAAGAUCAACAAUGUGAACAAGUUCGACGCCUCCUUCUUUGGGGUCCACUACAAGCAAGUUCACACCAUGGAUCCCAUGAGCAGGAUCCUAUUGGAGAAAACUUACGAAGCUAUUUAUGAUGCUGGUAUAAAUCCAAAUGACUUGCGAAAUACUAAGACAGGAGUUUUCAUUGGUAGCUGUUUUUCUGAAUCUGAAAAGACUUGGUUCUACGAGAAGAUGCACGUUAACAAUUACGGCGUUAUUGGAUGCUGUCGUGCUAUGUUAGCAAACCGCAUCUCGUACUGGCUUGGAUUGACCGGUCCGUCGUACACCUUGGACACGGCCUGUUCAAGUACACUGUACGCUCUUGAGCACGCCUUCAAAGCAAUCCGUGAAGGGUAUUGCGACUCUGCCAUUGUAGGCGGGGCUAAUUUGUGCAUUCAUCCUUUUGUAUCACUGCAGUUUUUCAGAUUAGGUGUAUUAUCAGUCGAUGGUGUUUGCAAGAGUUUUGACAAUAAAGCAAAUGGUUACGCUCGCUCAGAGACUAUCGCUGUUUGUUAUCUACAGAAAGCAAAGGACUCAAGAAGAGUAUAUGCCCAAGUGGUCCAUACGAAGACGAACUGUGAUGGUUACAAGGAGCAAGGCAUUACCUAUCCAUCUGGGCAAAUCCAAAAGUUGCUCCUCAGCGAGUUUUAUGAGGAUUGUGGUGUAGCGCCUUCCAGUUUGGAUUUCGUUGAAGCUCACGGGACAGGUACUCAGAUCGGUGAUCCUGAAGAGUUGAUAGCCAUUGAUGAGAUCUUCUGCACCGGCCGAUCUGAGCCGCUCAUGAUUGGCUCAGUCAAGUCUAAUUUGGGACACACCGAACCUUCUUCAGGUCUUUGUUCGAUUGCUAAGAUGUGUAUAGCAUAUACCACUGGAUUGAUUCCACCAAAUCUGCAUUACGAAACACCCCGACAAGGUAUCGCUGCAUUAUCUGAAGGUCGCCUCCAGGUCGUAACUGAGAAGCAACCCUGGAACAGGGGACUGAGUGGUAUUAGUAGUUUCGGCUUCGGUGGCGCGAAUGCUCAUGUACUCUUGAAAAAUAUAGCUUCUGAAAAGGUCAAUAAUAGUCUUCCGGCUGAUGCAUUGCCCCGCCUAGUUUGUGUCUCUGGUCGCACUAAGUCAGCUGUAGCCAAGAUUUUUAAUGAUUUGGAGUCCAGGACAGUAGAUGUUGAACAAGUGAGAUUGUUUCAUGCUAUACAUGAUAAAAAUAUUGAAGGACAUCUUUUUAGAGGAUUUACAUUGUUGGGAUCAACGCCGACCAAAAGCAUAUCAAUAGCCCGUGAUAUUAACUAUUUCUCUGGAGUCCGUCGACCAAUUUGGUUUAUAUAUUCCGGCAUUGGAUCACAGUGGCCCACCACUGCUAUGCAACUUAUUAAAAUCCCGGUCUUCGCUGCUGCUAUUAAGAGAUGCCAUAAAAUAUUAAAGCCGAAAGGGAUAAACUUGAUCAAAAUAAUUACGGAAUCCAAUCCCAAGAUUUAUAAUAACGUACUGAACUCCUUGAUUGGCAUUGUAGCAAUUCAGAUCGGUCUUACUGAUGUUUUAAAAACUGUAGGCAUUUUGCCUGAUUAUAUCAUUGGACAUGGUUUUGGCGAGUUGGGUUGCGCAUACGCAGACGGUUGCUUAACAACUGAUCAGACGAUCUUAGCUGCGUAUAGCCAGGGGCUGGCACUUACCGAAACUAAGCUCCUCAAAGGAUGUAUGGCUACUGUUGGCCUUGGUUACGAUCAGAUUAAGUCGAUGUGUCCACCCGAAAUAGAAGUGGCUUGUCGCGACAGCCCCAGCUCUAGUACCUUAUCGGGCCCAGCUGAUAUCAUGAAGAGCUUCAUUACAAAGUUGUCUGCUCAAGGAAUAUCCGUCGAAGAAGUUCCGUGCUCCAAUGUAGCUUUCCAUUCGCGUUACGUCGCUGAAGCUGGUCCCAAAAUUCAAAAGUAUCUCAAAGAAGUCAUCCCAUCACCAAAAUCCCGUUCUCAUCGCUGGAUAUCCACAUCAGUUCCUCAAAGCCAGUGGAAGAAUCCCAAUGUGGAGCUGUCUUCUGCUGAAUAUCACACGCAUAGUCUUUUAAGCCUAGUUCUUUUUGAAGAGAACUGUCAACUAAUUCAAGACAAUGCUAUCACUAUCGAAGUGGCUCUACAUGGAUCUCUUCAUACUGUUCUAAGACAAUCUCUUAAGAAGAACAUUACUGACAUAGCUCUAACUCGAAAGAGCGAUGAAGAUAAUGUGCAGGGACUGCUUAUAGCGCUCGGAAGACUGUACAAUUUGGGACUAAACCCGCAGCUCGCUAACGUCUAUCCCCAUGUGUCCUUCCCCGUAUCGCAGGGCACACCUUACCUGGCACAUUUAGUGGAAUGGGAGCAUAAUGAAGAUUGGUUCGUGGCUUCGUACAAUACUGAGGAGAAAAUAACGAUAGGGGAACGUGAUGUUAACGUGUCUGUCGCCGGUGAAGAAAAUGAAUAUUUAUCAGGCCAUGUUAUCGAUGGUCGCAACUUGUAUCCGGCUACUGGGUACCUAGUGCUCGUAUGGGAGACACUUGGUAAGAUGAUAGGAAAGCUAUUUGAUAAGUUGUCUGUGGUAAUCGAGAACGUUCGCUUUCAGAGGGCUACAAAUAUUCCUCAGGACGGAUCCAUAACGUUCAUUACUACGAUACACAAAGCAAGCGGAGAUUUUGAGAUUACAGAAAGUGGGGCAACUAUUGUAACUGGCCGUGUAUAUGUAAAGGAAAACGUGGCACAAGAUUACCAUAUGCUGCCAAAGCUCCCUGAUAUGACCGGCCCUAAUAUCAGACAUGUGCUCACUAAAGACUUCUAUAAGGAAUUGAGACUUCGAGGCUAUCAGUACAGCGGAUUAUUCCGUGGAGUAAUGGGUUGCAACGUUGAAGGCACUCGAGGUCGGCUCGCCUGGGUCAAUAACUGGGUCACAUUCAUGGACUGCAUGCUGCAGCUCAAGAUCAUCGGCCAAGACACCCGCGGCCUCUUCGUGCCCACCAGGAUUGAGAGACUGACAAUUGAUGUGGACUUACACUACUACGUUUUGUCAAAAAUGAAUUCAAAUUCCAAAAAAUGUACACUUGAAAUUCGUAACUAUCCUGAUAUUAAUGUUAUCAGGUCGGGAGGUAUAGAAAUCCGUGGUGUGCGUGCGACGCCGAUUUACAAGAGACCACCAUUAGGCGAGCCUGUGUUAGAGAAGAACGUGUUUAUUCCAAAUUUCGGAAAGAACACGAUGAAGACUGAAGAUUGCCUCCGUGCUAACAUUCAGCUGAUCCUUGAGAACAUACCAACCUAUAAAGUUAAGACCAUUGAGUUUGUUGAUGAAGAAUAUAAAAGUAAUGGUCUGCAGCCAAUAAUAGAACAGAUUGGUGAAAUUCUUGCUGAUUUGCCGUUAGUACAAUCGGAGUUGUUAUUAAUAUCAGACGAACCGAUUGUAAUGCCAUCUACUAUAACUGUAGAAAAAAAGAAGCUCAGUGGAGAGUCUAACGCAGUGUUGUUCAUAGGAGCUAAUCUAUUGAAGAGGAACAUGAUAUUAAAUGAAGCAGCAGCUACUCUUCGCGACAAGUGCUUUAUUAUAAGCCGUGAGAAAGAUCGCCCAGAAUCCAACGAACAAUCUGACGAGUAUGAGUUAAUAACUGUCCAACACGUUGGAACAGAAUACAUAGUGCUUUUGAGAAAACGUGUAAUGAAAGUCCAGAAAUAUGAGUGUAUUCAAAUAGAAGCAAGAGAUGAAAAUUUCUCUUGGGUGGAAAAAGUGCAAGAGAAACUAAGAAUGGGGCAAAGAAUAAUAUUGUACAGUCAGGGAGAAUUCAUCAAUGGACUUCUUGGUUUUGUCAAUUGUCUAAGAAGAGAGUCAGGCGGUGAAAUUGUUAGAGCCUUUUUGGUCUCUGAUCCCACUGCUCCUAAUUUUAAUCCAGAAUUAAAGUUUUUUAAAGACCAAUUACAAAAAGAUUUAGCAAUAAAUAUUUAUCAGGAAGGUCAAUGGGGCACUUAUCGUCACUUGCUGCUCGGAAAAUUAGACACAGUUCAUGCUGACCACGCAUUUGUUAAUACUUUGACUGUUGGAAAUCUAUCAACACUAACUUGGAUGGAAGGUCCAAUCAGAAAAGAUAAGGCUUUCAAAAAUCCAGAUAAUGUACUUGUACAAGUGUACUGCGCGGCUGUGAACUUCCGUGACGUGAUGACAGCAUCUGGCCGCGUGACGCGGGACGCUGUCGCUCGCGGAAGACUUGCACAAGAGUGCGUGCAAGGAUUAGAAUUGGUUGGACUAACACCGAAUGGUUCUCGGGUUAUGUGCAUUGUGAAGAAUUCCGGUCUGGCCAACAUGGUAAAAGCUGACAAGAACCUUUCUUGGAAUAUUCCUAAAGAGUGGAGCUUUCAAGAAGCGGCCACCGUGCCUAUUACGUACCUCACUGUCUACUGCUCCAUAGUUAUAGUGGGUCAGAUCCAGCGCGGAGACUCGAUUCUGAUCCACGCGGGUAGCGGCGGCGUGGGGCAGGCUGCCAUCAGCGUGGCGCUUUACUAUGGCUGCGAGGUCUUCACCACUGUUGGUACACCGGAGAAGAGAGCACUCAUCAAGAAACUGUUCCCUCAACUCAAAGACAGUCAUAUUGGAAACUCCCGAGACACGUCGUUCGAGCAAAUGAUUUGUAAAGAAACAAACGGCAAAGGUGUGGACGUAGUGCUCAACUCACUCUCGGAUGACAAACUUCAUGCAUCUGUAAGGUGUCUUGCCUACAGAGGCCGAUUCCUCGAAAUUGGGAAGUUUGAUAUCAACAACAACACGCUACUUGACGUCGCUCCCAAGGAAACUUCAUUCCACGGCAUUAUGUUGGAUGACAUUUUUGACCAACCCCCUGAAAAUAUAAAGAGGGUGCAUGAGCUUUUGCUUACCGGCAUUGCGUGUGGAGUUGUUCGCCCUUUAACGUACUGCAUAUUUGAAAAGAAUGAAAUUGAAUCUGCAUUCCGAUAUAUGGCUGCUGGGAAACAUAUCGGGAAGUUGCUCAUUAAAAUCCGGGACGAAGAGCAAAGUGACGUGCCCGUGAGACCAACGUGUAUUCCUAUUGAAGCUGUUCCCAGGUAUAUGUGCCAUGAAGAAAGUGUAUACAUCAUUGUGGGUGGUUUAGGAGGGUUCGGUUUAGAAUUAGCGGACUGGUGCAUCUUGAGAGGCGCCAGAAAGGUUUUACUAACAUCUCGCAGGGGUGUCAGCAAUGGUUACCAAUCCACUAAACUAAGGAGUUGGGCAUCAUAUGGAGCUGAUGUUCGAAUCUCUACUCAUGACGUUACAACUGAAGCCGGAUGCGAAGAAUUACUCAAGAUGGCCAACGAAAUGGGUCCUGUUGAAGCCAUCUUUAACCUUGCUGUAAUUCUUAAGGAUGCUGUAUUUCAGAACCAAACGUCCGAAUCGUUUAAAAUAUCAUUUGGACCAAAAGCUCUGGCUACUAUGCAUUUAGAUAAACUCUCAAGGAAAUUAUGUCCGAGUCUGAAAAACUUCGUAGUAUUCUCAUCUGUAUCGUGUGGACGCGGUAACGCCGGGCAGACCAAUUACGGUCUUUCCAACUCCGUGAUGGAAAGAAUCUGUGAACAAAGAAAAAAGGAUGGAUUGCCUGCACUAGCCAUACAAUGGGGUGCUAUUGGUGAUGUUGGUCUCGUAGCUGAUAUGCAAUAUGAAGAUGUGCAACUAGAGAUUGGGGGUACUCUGCAGCAACGCAUAUCAUCGUGUUUGUUGGCUUUGGACAAGUUCUUGAAGCAAGAUGAACCUAUAGUCUCAUCUAUGGUUGUAGCUGAGAAAAAAGCUGGCAGUUCCAACUGCGGAAACAUUGUGGAGGCUGUAGCUCAGAUUAUGGGAAUUAAGGAUCUGAAAACAGUGUCACGACAAAUCCCUCUAGCUGAAUUAGGCAUGGAUAGCAUGAUGGCUGUGGAGAUAAAACAGACUCUUGAGAGAGAGUUUGAAAUUUUCCUCACUGCUCAGGAUAUCAGGACGCUAACUUUUGCUAGAUUAUUGGAACUAUCAGCACAAAGCGAUAACGCGCCGUCUACAUCAGUAGCCACACGAGUACAAAACGACGCUGCUGUUGGUAUGAGAAUAUUUUUUAGGAAUUUUGGUGAAGAGAAAUUUGCAAAUGAACCACUUAUCCACAUGCCAACUUUGAUUAGUAAUGAAACAGGGGAAAAAGAAGCAACACAUGCGACAGAGAAUGUAAUGUUCAUGCUGCCAGGAUUAGAAGGUUGCGCUGCAGCCCUGGAGCCGCUGUCCCGUAGCCUCAAGAUCAAAGUGUGCGUGUUGCAGCUCGGAACUGAGCAUAGGAAUGAGAAUUGUGAACAGAUGGUGGACAGACUGUAUCAGUUGGCGAUAUCUAGACUGGUACCUGGUACUAAAUUUUGGCUUCUUGGAUACAGUUUUGGAGCCAUGCUUACGUUAGAUUUAGCUGCAAAACUGGAAAGACGAGGUGUCACUGGAACAGUAUUCUGCUUAGACGGUGCUCCUGAUUUCCUUCUGUCUCUUGCUGCUGCUGUAAUAAAUUAUAAGAAUGACUUCCAACUGCAGAACAGCCUUAUUUGUAAGACAAUCGAUAUCGUAUCACCAAAUAAUGAAAUUACUGAUACCCUGAUGGAGAAGCUUAACAAAAUAGAGGACUAUGAUGAAAGAAUCAAGUAUAGUAUCAGCGUGUUGCCUGUGCAGACUAAUUACUCUAAUGAAUUUAUUGCAUCAAUAGCUAAGGUGUGUUUCGACCGUAUGAAAGUUGUAAUCAAUUAUGAUACUACGAAUGUUAAGAAGCUAAAAUCACAGAUUGUACUUUUGAGGCCAAGAGAAACACCUCCAUUUGUAGUUUGCGAAGACAAUUAUGGCCUCGACAAGUUUAGCGAGAGCCCUGUCACCGUACACUUUUUAGAUGGUAACCAUGUCAGUAUCAUUGAAAAUAAAAACGUAGCUGAUAUUAUUAAUAAUGUUAUUUAUAAUUCUUAACGAUGUGUAAAAUAGAAAAGUGUUAACUCAAAUCAUAUUUAUGCUCUUGAAAAUGGUUUGAAGAUACAUACCUGUUAUGUCUGUCACGAAGUUUUAAAGGUUAAAUUUAUUUAUUUUGUAUAAUUUGCAUUUUUGUAGUAUGUAAUUAUGGAACUUUAUAUGAUGAUCAUGAAUUUUUUAAUGACAUUAAAUUAAAUUGGAAUUUAUUGGCUGUAGGUUAUAAUAUUUAUUGCCUGUUUAUAAUUUGUAUUCGUUGUAAAUUGUCAUAUUUUAGAAUAUAUUAUAAAGAGUCUGCAAGGCGUAGUGUAGGAGAAAAUAGGGAGUUCAUUGUUACACGCUAGAACCGGAAUGAUCGCGCAUUGAACAAUUUCAGAGGAGUUUCCUCCGUACGCUUUGGUUGUGGAUUGAGUUCUCUGUUGAGGUUUUUACUAGAGACUGUAGUAUGGGGUCGUUCAAAAAGAGUGUUUUAAGAUAUAGCAGCAUCAAUAUGCUAUAGUGACCGUAUACCAUCAGGCGGGUCGUACACUGUUUGCCACCUUUGUGGUAUAAAAAAAUUAUAUUAUACUUAUAAUAUCAAAUACCUAUAUAUAAUUUACUGUGAG